AUGGUGAAAAAACAGUAUCUGUUGUAUAUGGUGCAAAUCCAUACCAAUUUUCGUCUGGCGGAAUUGGAAUCGUUAGCAGAUCUUUUCAAUUUAGAUAUUGAUUUCUCCAAAUAUAAUGCUGAUUCGCCGUUUUUCUUUGUGGAGUUGGAUAAUGACGACCAGGCACGUCAAUGGAUCAAGAGAUCUAUCCUGACCAAAGCUAUUUACGAGUACUGGGGUAAAGGUGAAACUAUGGAACAAUUGCAUGACACAAUAAAAAAUUUAGAAGGUUUCCAAACCAGAAAGGAACAAUUUAAACAUUCUAGUUUUAAAUUUGAAUUUGAGAAUUUCCAAGGUGGUAAGAAGAAAGAUAUGGCAACAAAAGUGAAACAAAUGGAAACGUUUAAAUACUUAAAUUUUGAAGGUAAGAUUGAUUUAAAGAAUCCACAUGAAACUUUCACAUUAAUUGAAGAAUACGAAUCUGUUGUAGGUAAUAAAGCCGCUACCGUUCCAUUAUCGUAUACGUUUGGUCGUUUUGUUGGUAGUAGUGAUCGUAGUUCCAUGGAACGUUAUGAUUUAAAGAAGAGACCUUAUAAAGGUACCACAAGUUUCGAAGCAGAAUUAUCCUUGGUAAGUGCAAAUAUUGCUCAAGUUAAACCGGGAUCCUUAAUGUAUGAUCCAUUUGCCGGAACAGGAUCUUUCUUGACUGCAGGUGGUCAUUAUGGUGCAUUAGUGAUGGGAUCUGAUAUUGAUGGAAGAAUGAUACGUGGGAAAGGAGCUAAUAUUGAUAUUAAGAGUAAUUUUAACUAUUAUAAUGAAUCUAAUAAAUUUUUAGACGUUAUGACUAUGGAUUUCACACAUAAUGCAUUAAGAACCAACUUAGUAAUUGAUACAAUAUUAUGUGAUCCACCAUAUGGUAUUCGUGAAAGUAUUAAAAUUUUAGGUGCUAGAGAUCCUGAAAGAUUUAUUGGUAAAGAAAAUCUUGUAAUAGAUGGAGAAAAAGCAUUUUUAAGAAAAGAUUAUAUACCUACAAAGAAACCUUAUUCAUUAGAUUCAUUAUUAGAUGAUUUAUUAAAAUAUAGUGCAGAGAGAUUACCCGUAGGUGGUAGAUUAGCCUUUUGGAUGCCGACCGCAAACGAUGAAAAUGUCGAGACAAUUAUUCCAUUACAUUCAAAUUUAGAAUUAAAAUAUAAUUGUGUUCAAGAAUUUAAUAAAUGGUCAAGACGUUUAUUAGUGUAUAUUAAUCGUGGGGAUACAUUUAAUGGUCCAACUAAUGGUGGUGUACAAAGAUCACCAUCUAAUUUCAGAGAACGUUAUUUCAAUCAUUUCAAUAAAUAA